GGCGGGCACCGCCGAGGCCCAGGCGAACUCCAGCGACGGUUUUCUAGAAUUUUCUGUGGGAAAGUUCACCUACUUUCUGCUCAGCAGGAGGAAGCAGGAGGCCAUUCUGCGCCAUAUUUCAAGCAAUGUGACCUUUCUUCUUUUCCAAAUACACUCGCAGUAUCAGAACACCACCAUCUCGUUCACUAAGACCCUCCUCCCGGGCACCUCGGGCACAGGCAACGACAGAGGGCUGGUUUUCAUUCUUAGACCCGAGCAGACUAUGUGCACCUGGUACUUGGAGACAAAAGAUGCCAAGCCUGUUCAAAACGUGGCCAUUCCACUCUCCUACUCAGAAAGAGAUCCCAUUCCUGGAGGCUGUAAUUUGGAGUUUGAUUUAGAUAUCGAUCCCAACAUUUACUUGGACUAUAAUCCUUUUGAAACAACUAUCAAGUUUGCACCAGCCAACCUAGGCUAUGCAAGAGGCGCAGAGCCCCCACCGUGCGACGUGAGCACGGGCCAGGAGUCCAGGUGGAGGCUGCGGUACGACGUGUAUCAGUACUUUCUGCCCGAGGGCGACCUCACCGAGGCCUCGCUGCUCCAGCAUCUUCAGAGGAUGGUCCAGGUGCCCCAGGUGAAGGCCAGUGCGGUCAAGGUGGUUACCCUGACAGCGGACGACAAAACAACCGUGUCCUUCUCUUCCCUCCCGGGACAAGGAGUUAUUUAUAAUGUCAUUGUCUGGGACCCGACCCUCAACACGUCUGCUGCUUAUGUUCCCGUGCACACGUAUGCCUGCAGCUUGGAGUCAGGGGGUGGUAGCUGUGCCUCUCCUGGAAGAAUAUCUACCAAAGUGUUCUCCACCGUGUUUGCCCUGCUUGGCCUCUUCGUUUGUUUCUUUGGACACAGAUUCUGGAAAACAGAAUUAUUCUUCAUUGGUUUCAUCUUCGUGGGCUUCUUCUUUUACAUCAUCAUCACCAGACUGACAUCCCUUAAGUACGACGUCCGCCUGGCCCUCACCGCUGUUGCUGGCAGCAUCGGCGGGAUCCUCCUGGUGGCCUCGUGGUGGCGAUUUGGGACCCUCACGCUCUGCAUGCUGUGUGUCGGGCUCGUGCUGGGCUUCCUCGUCUCGUCUGGGAUUUUCUUCACGCCUCUGGGAAACCUAAAUGUUUUCCGUGACGAUGGAGUGUUUUGGGUGACCUUCUCUUGCAUAGCUCUGCUCAUCCCAGUUAUCUUCCUGGGCUGCCUGAGAAUACUGAACAUCCUGGCCUGUGGAGUCCUGGGCUCCUACUCUGUGGUGUUGGCUGUUGACAGUUACACGUUCACCAGCCUCUCCUACAUCACUCUGAACGUCCUCAGGAGGGCGCUCAACACAGCUUUCCGAGGGGCUCUCCUCAGAGCGCCUUUCCAGACUAAUGACUUCAUCGUCCUGGCUGUGUGGGGGAUGCUGGCCGUCAGUGGGAUCACACUGCAGAUUCGAAGAGAGAGGGGACAGCCGCCUUUCCCGCCCCACCCCUACAAGCUGUGGAAGCAAGAGCGGGAACGCAGGGUGACGAACAUUCUGGACCCCAGUCACCACAUCCCUCCGCUGAGAGAGAGGCUGUAUGGCCGAAUCGCUCACAUCAAAGAGCUCUUUCAGAGGGAGCAGCCGGCUGGAGAGCGGACACCCCUGCUCCUGUAGAAGGCGGAGGGCUUGGUCAGUGUGCUUUCCCUGGCGUCCUCAUCCAGCCCGCCCCGCUGUCCCAGGUCCAGUGUGGGGGUCAGCUGCGGUCUGCGAUGGGCCAUGGCCCUGUUUGUACAGUAGUGAAGUCAGGACUCUAGGUGACGAUGAGAAGUCACCAAACGGCUGGCUGGGUGUAGAUGCUUGGCCUCAUUUCCCACAAUCUUUAGAAGUUACCUUUGGUUAUGAUUGAUGUUUUAUAAACUACACCAAAAAAUAAAACUGUCGGUUCUCCCUAAA